UCUUCCUCCCCUCCAUAUUUGAUUCUUUGCUCUUCCACUCCUACCACCACCAAAGCAAAACCAAAGGCAAGAAGAUGGAUCUGGUCGGGGAGGUCGCCACGGUGGCGCAGCUGGUGGGGCUCGACGCCUCCAGCCUCAUCACCAUGAUCGCCGAGGCGGCGCGCACGGUGCGCCGGAACCGCGCCACCUGCCGGCAGCUGGCGCGGCGGGUGGAGAUGAUCGGCGCGCUGCUCCGGCGGCUCCAGGACGCGCAGCCGAUGCGGCAGUCGGAGACGCGGGCGCCCGUGGAGGAGCUGGAGGAGACGCUCCGGCGGGCGUACCUGCUCGUGCGCUCCUGCCAGCGCCGCGGGUACGCGUACCGGUGCUUCAUGGGGGCGCGCCACGCCGACGAGCUCCGCGAGGUGCAGGGUGAGAUCGCCUUCUACCUCCAGCUCUUCCCCCUUGUCAGCUACGUUGACGCCACGCUCAACUGGGUGAGGCUUCUCAACAAGGCCGAUGAAAAUUCGUCUUGCCAAGAGGCACCUGUGGUAAGACCAUAUCUCGUGCCGCUCCUGUUACUCUCGUGCGAUGGAUGCUGCUUAGCAUUUAUUCAGGGAGUAUGCAUUGGUAAUUGGUAUAGUACACACACGGUUUACACCUCCUCUACUAAUGUUUAAUUUCUGUAUAAGUAUCUGUGAAGUUUUCAUGUGUCACUGCAGGAGUCGAAACACAACAUUGACUUGUUCCAAUCACUGAACAAACUAACAAUGAUCUAGCUAGCACCCUGUUUUUUUUGGGGGGCCAACAGCUAGCUAUAGUAUGCAAUGCUUGAUCCUCUUUGUCAGAUUUCCUAGCUGUCAGGUCCAGGUGAAAAUGAAUUCAUUAUGUGAAAUAGGUAUGUUGGAAUUUUCUUUUGCUCACGGGAUCAUCAAACAAGAGUUAUUCCUGACCAACUCUCGAGUGUUGUAUUUUUUUAUCACUCGAGAAUGUUUGGAUGAUCUGUUUGCAUCCAUAGCUUACCUUUUGGUUCAUCAGGACUGCAAAGUUCCACAGUCGCAGGCUCUGAUGCCGGCACAAUCGGUCAAGCCCUUGAGCCUUCCACCAUUGAGGAAGGACGAGUAGGGCCUCACAUAUCAUUUCCCCAGGACAUGUAAUUCAACCUUUCAGAUUUUUUGAGACGCAGCAGCAACUAACUUGAGUGUUGUCAUCUCGUCUAGAAGAGCAAUCAAGGAUCAGUUGUCACCUUGAAAUAUCAACUGCUGUCAAAAACCUUUCCUCUUCAGUCCACACUCCACAGGUGAAGAACUGAACCAUGAAAACAUAAAAAAGAUCGAUGAACUGCAGAGAGAACGAUAAUCUGAGACGUCACCCUGUCAGACGUGUCUUGAUGAACCAUCUGAAUCUCUUAUUCUUCAAAUCUGAUUAUCUGAUCAUUUGUAUUCCAUUCCUUCCAAGCGGUUAGGAACUGUGGAAUAUAUUCAGAAUAAGGCAAUUUUCAAGAUGUCUGCCAACGUCCCCACACGCUGCUUCUUUGAAAGAUGCAACCUGUACUGCAGAGCGUUUGUUAUUGAUCAGCUACAGAGAUCCAAGGCACUAAGGUCUUGUUUAGAUCUCAAAAUUUUACACCCAAAAACGUCACAUCGAAUGUUUGGACAUCUGUAUGGAGUACUAAAUAAAAUCUAUUUAUAAAACUUUUUGCACGGAUGAGUUGUAAAUCAUGAGAUAAAUCGAAUGAACCUACUUAAUCCAUGAUUUGCAACAGUGAUGCUACCGUAACCAUCCACUAAUUAUGAAUUAAUUAGGCUCAUUAGAUUCGUCUCGCGAUUUACAACCCAUCCGUGUAAAAAGUUUUAUAAAUAAACUUUAUUUAAUGCUCCAAAAUAGUAAGAUUCUCUUCCAAAAAUUUACGCCAAAAAAAUCUAAAUAUUUUGAGUUGGACUGGAUGUACUACUAUCUAGUCUCACUUCAAAUCUGUACAGUACGUCUUUGUAGCUCUCUGCAUUCCUUAGCAGUGCUGUAGACUGUAGUCAGAGUCGUGCAGUUUUCAAGAUGUCUGUCAGUUACACACAGUGCUUCUCUGAAUAUUCAAUUUUUACAGAGAAUU